AUGGUCCUUAUUCAUCUAAUUGCCUAACAUUUGAUUCAACCUAUAGACAAUAGUUAUUAUCUUAUUAUGUUUGUACAAUUGGGUAUUAUGAUAUUGGAUAAUUAGAAUGUGCAAGUAAUUAUUAUCAAUAUCCGUCGAAUUCCACUAUUCUUGUUAAUAUUGUGUAGUUUGUUCUUUAGAUCUUCAUUUUAGGCGGUAAAAAGGCAAUACAUGACGAACUAGGAGUUGAUUAGUGUAAAAAAUGUUCAUAUAAAUAUUAAACUUUUCGAACUUAUGCAGAAAAUUUUUUAAGUUGUCUAUUAAAUUCCUUUCGCAUUCUUGGUCCAAUCAUGGGUUGUUAUUGUCCAGGUGAAUACUUUGACAAAGUAAAUGAAAAACUUCUUUAAAAUGUCAUUUCAAAUGCAAAAUUGUUAUGGUUAGGAUGAUAAUAAUUGUGUCUCAUGUGAUUUUAUUGCAAAUAGAGAACUAAAGAAAAUGAAUGCAUAUGUAAACCACAUUAUUUUGAAAUGGAAGUUUAGGAAUGCACAAGUAAUUUUAGAUGCAAAAUCUAGUUUAUAGUGCAUAUUCUGUUAUGAAUUUAUUAAUAGUUUUGAUAAUUGUACUUCAUGCAACAGUGACAUAUAAUUAGUUGGAAAUAUAGAUUAUUAUUAAUUUAUGAUAAAACAUGUAGAUAUUGUAGAUUAAAUUUCAUUAUAAUGGUUGGUUAAAUGUGAAAGUAUAUAAUAAAAAUCAUCAUUAGAAUGUCAUCUUUCUUGUCGAACAUACGGAGGAAUUGAUGAAGGAAAUUGCCUACAUUUAUAGAUUCUGAUAUUAGAUACUAAGUAGGAAAUGCUUUUAUUUGUAAAAUAGUAAAUUUUGAUGCAAAAUUACCUUUUUGUUAGAUUACAAAUUUUAAUGAACGCAAUAGGCUACCUGAAAGCUGUAUUUCUUGUUUGGAUACAGAUGUUUUGUUAUUAAUAAAUCAAACAAUUAAAACAUAUUACAAAUAAAGAUCAUUUAUAUCAAGUUUUAAUAGAUGCUAAUGCAUUUGAAGAUAUUAUGAUGAUGGAUAAAAUGAAGUUUGUUAAGAAUGCCAUUACUCAUGUCUUAGAUGUAGCAAAUUUAAUACCAAAUGUGAACUACGUUUAUGUGAGUCAAAUAUAAUUUAUAAUGAUCAAAACUUAUCUUGUGAUUGUGAUAUUGGAUAUUAUGAUAAUGGGAUUGAAAAUUGUCAAAAUACCACUAUUCAUGUUUAAGUUGUAACUAGGGAGCUUCUAAUUCCUGCAUUUCAUGUGUUGCUAUGAGUAAUUAAAAUAGAGUCUUUUAUAGUAAUACUUGUAAAUGUUUAUUUGGUUAUUACGAUGA